GGUGCACACUUCCUUCAAACACGUGUUUCACUGGGACAAUAGUGAGUGGUGCACACUUCCUUCGCCCGGCCACAGAAGACAAAAAAGAGUUGCUGGUGUAACAAUAGGAAGAAUAUAUUCCACUCCUCUCUUGUACACGCGGCUUAUGAGAUGAACGCUCGUCAAGAAGAACGUCCCCUUCAGCAGCAGGAGGAUCCACAGCCCCCCCACAUUAAAGAGGAAGAGGAGGAAGUGUGGAUCAGUCAGGAGGGAGAGUGUCCUGUAGGGCAGGAGGAGGCUGAUGUCAGCAAGUUUCCACUGACUGUUGUCUCUGUGAAGACUGAAGAGCAUGAAGACAAACCACCUGAGUCCUCACAGCUUCAUCACAGUCCAAACGUCUGUGGAGAACAACGUCUGCCUGAAAAAAAGGAGAGUAGCUUCAGGAUGGUGAAGGAGGAUCCUUCAAAGAGGAAGACCAGGCGCCACGGACCCUCUGGCGUCUCCUUUUCCUCUUUGACACAGACCCUUCCCUGUAAAAAGGAAGAGGAAGACUCACUGACGCCCCACAUUAAAGAGGAAGAGGAGGAACACAGCAUCACUCAAGAGGGAGAUCAUCUUGAAGGACUGGAGGAGUUCCCAGUGACUGGUGUCCCUGUGAAGAGUGAAGAUGAUGAGGUGAAAGGUGAAAGUGAGGAGAGGGGAGGGGGGGAGCCUCCAAGCAGCAGCUCAACACAACACAUGACAACAGAAGCUGAUGGAGACCACUGUGGAGGAUCACAAGCAGACAAGCUCUUAGCUCCACUAUCAGAUAGUGAGGACACAACGUCACACUCUCCUGACACUGAUGAUGAAGACUCUAAAGAUGAUAAGACAUGUCACACGGACAACACUCACUUCGCAUGUUCUCACUCUCACAAAACAUUUAAAAACCAUAGUCAUCUGAAAAGACACAUGAGAACACACACUGGAGAAAAACCUUUUAUCUGUUCAGUCCGUGGUAAACGUUUUGUUCGAAGUCACAAUGUGAAAGUGCACAUGAGAACACACACUGGUGAAAAAGCUUUUAUCCGUUCAGUCUGUGGUAAACGUUUUGUUCGAAGUCAUAAUGUGAAAGUACACAUGAGAACACACACUGGAGAAAAAACGUUUUCUUGUUCAAUCUGUGGUAAAGGUUUUAUACAAAGUCAAUAUUUGAAGGUGCACAUGAGAACGCACACUGGAGAAAAACCUUUUCCCUGUUCAACCUGUGGUAAAGGUUUUACACAAAAUCAAUAUUUGAAAGUACACAUGAGAACACACACUGGUGAAAAACCUUUUUCCUGUUCAAUCUGUAGUAAAGGUUUUGUACAAAGUAACAGUUUGAAAGUACACACUAGAACACACACUGGUGAAAAAUCACAUUCUUGUUCAAUCUGCAACAGAAGCUUUUGUGACCGAUCAAACCUUUUAGCACACAUGAGAAGACACCCAGGAGAGAAAGUGUUGAGUUGCAGUGUGUGUGGUGAAAGAUUGUCUUCUAAGUAGCAGUGUAAGAAACACAAGUGUGCUGGUGAGAACAGCAGCAGCAAAUGAAACUGCAGGAUUUGAAAUAAACUGUCAAGACUUUCAUUUUGACUUUCUAACAACUUUAUGAUUCAUUUGUUGGGUCUCUAUAAUCUAUUUUAUUCAUUAUCGUUAUUACUCUGUAUUAUAAUGAUUGUGUUGUGAUUGUUUUAUAUGUAUGUCCCCAGACCUUUAUGCAGUAUACAAGUGAGAGAAAA